CACCGCACAAAUUCUCGCCGACGCUGGGCGCGUGCGCAGGCGCGGGGUUCACCCGGGGGGAGCGACCGAGGUGGCGUUCGAGCAGAGUGCUCACCUGUCACCGGGUCUGGGCACAAUGAGACCAGGAGAGGAACGACCUGUAGAGGGGGGCGCCUGCGACGGCGUCUCCGAGCUGGAGCUGCUGAAGCUGCGCGCCGCGGAGCGCAUCGACGAGGCGGCCGAGCGCCUGGGCGCCCUGAGCCGCGCCAUCUGGAGCAAGCCGGAGCUGGCCUACCAGGAGCACCAUGCCCACGGCGUGCUGACGCGCUUCUUCGAGUGCGAGCCACCGGCCGCCUCUUGGACCGUGCAGCCGCACUACCAACUGGCCACGGCCUUCCGUGCCGAGUGGGAACCGCCGGGGGUCCCGGCGGUGCCGCGCCCGCUGCACCUGGGCUUCCUCUGCGAGUACGACGCGCUGCCCGACAUCGGGCACGCCUGCGGCCACAACCUGAUCGCCGAGGUCGGGGCGGCGGCGGCGCUGGGCGUGAAGGGGGCCCUGGAGGGCCUCCGCGGGCCGCCUCCGCCGGUGAAGGUUACUGUUCUGGGAACUCCUGCAGAAGAAGAUGGUGGUGGCAAAAUUGAUUUAAUUGAAGCAGGGGCUUUUAAAAAUCUCGAUGUUGUUUUUAUGGCGCAUCCAUCCCAGGAGAAUGCUGCUUAUCUACCUGAUGUGGCUGAACAUGAUAUGACUGUGAAGUACCAUGGAAAAGCAUCUCACGCUGCAGCUUAUCCCUGGGAGGGAGUAAAUGCAUUAGAUGCUGCUGUUCUCGCCUACAGCAACCUCUCUGUGUUAAGACAACAAAUGAAACCAACCUGGAGAGUUCAUGGUAUAAUAAAAAAUGGUGGUGUAAAACCCAAUAUCAUUCCCUCUUAUUCUGAAUUAAUCUAUUACUUCCGUGCACCUUCAAUGAGAGAACUUGCAGUUUUGACCAAAAAGGCAGAAGAUUGCUUUAAAGCUGCAGCUUUAUCUACUGGAUGCACAGUAGAAAUUAAAGGUGGAGCACAUGAUUACUAUAAUGUCCUUCCCAAUAAGUGCCUUUGGAAAGCUUAUAUUGAAAAUGGGGAAAAGCUGGGAAUAGAGUUCAUUUCAGAAGAUGCAGUUUUGAAUGGCUCUUCAGGAUCUACUGAUUUUGGAAAUGUUAGCUUUGUGGUUCCUGGGAUUCAUCCAUAUUUUUACAUUGGGUCCGAAGCCUUGAAUCAUACGGAACAGUAUACUGAAGCCGCAGGUUCACAGGAAGCUCAGUUUUAUACUCUGCGUACAGCCAAAGCUCUGGCAAUGACUGCGUUGGAUGUUAUUUUUAAACCAGAAUUGCUAGAAGGAAUCAGAGAGGACUUUAAAUUGAAGCUUCAAGAAGAAGAGUUUUUAAAUAGAGCAGAAUAAAAGGAAGAUUUAGGAGACACUUUUGAAUCAUUAAGAAGUGAUCUUUUUCUUUAAUUUUUUUUGAUGAAAAAGGAGGACAUGCUUGUUUUUCAGUCUUUAAAGGAGUUAUAUUCCUCCUAUCUGAAAAGCGAGGGCAUGAUGUGGAGAAAACACAUAAACACAUUACCUCAUGUCUAAAAUUAAAAUUUUCACAAAUCUAUAUUUGAUGGAAUUGUGAUCUUUCAGAAGCUAAUAUGUGAUGGCAUUUCUUAAACAACCUGGAUGAUACAUGGUUUAUCAGUGAUAGUUUAUAAAUUCGUAUGUUGUAUGAGUAUAUUUUAAAAGAUUCAAGAGAUUUCAAACUUUAUAUUCAGAAUUGACACAUGAAAAAUUUUUUUUUUUUUUGGUAGAGGGUGGUAAAAUUGUUAUAUAAAGUUUUAAAAUUCAAGUUCUAAAUUUAGAGAAAGUUCAUUGUGAUAUCUGACUAUAUAUGUUUUGGUUUAGAGAAUCUCUUUAUUGAUGAUAAAAAUAGGUUUUUAAUCAGAAACGUUGUGGAAAACAACCAGAAACUCAGGUACAAAGAAUAAGCUUUAGUUUUACCAUUUGAAGGAAAACAAAAAUGUUCCUUCUGAUAUAUAGUUAACUCUGAGAAGCAGCAUUAAAAUGUUACUCCUAAUUCCAUAUCACUGUAAUAGGAAGAAUUGUAGAUGGAUAGGAUUGGGCUCUUCUUUAAGGUGUUUGCUUGAUAACCCAGUGUAUUCUAAAAGGACUUAAUGAGAGAGGAGCAAUAUCUACAUAUCUUGAAUAUUAAUGUCAUAUAACUGGUCCCAUCUACCUAGUUGAGCCCUAGUUGAGGCUUCUAUUCAGAAGCUAGCCUGUCCAGCCUGGCUGGACAAUAUUAUAGUUUACUGAGUUUAAGGGAUACAAUUCUGAGCCUCCUUAAGCCUUAUGCUAGCCCAAUAUUAAUUUAAAAGUAUUAUAAGUUUUUCCUGGUUCUUAUUUUAGUAUGAAUUUCUUGAACAUGAUAAUAUGAAAGAAGUACCUGGUAAAAGCUGUAAAUAUAGUAAAGCUAUAAUAAAGUAUACUUUAUUUUAAAAGGGAGUCCUUAGAUUUGAGGGUAAACAUUCCAAAAUGGAAGGAGAAGGGGAGAAAGGUGAGUGUUUGGCUUCUUUGUUGCAAGCAAGUCACUUAGGCCCCUAUGAGCCUUCAACUCUCCAUUUGGAAAGUUAAAUUAAAUCACUUAUAUUUACAGUCCUUUAAGCAUCUAAUUCCUAAUAGUUUUUGGGAGAGUGAGUACUUGAGAAUUGCUUAUCUUCUAUAUCAGGAGUCUGCAAACUAUAGCCCGAGUUGGCAACAGCCUAAUUUUAAAUCUCUAGCGCCUAAAAAUUUUUACACUUUCACAUGUUGGUAAGGAAGGAAAAAAAAAAAAAGCAACAGAGACCAGACGAUGUGACCUGCAAAUCCUAAAAUAUUUACUAUCUUGCCCAUUACGAAAAAGUUUGCCAGCUCCUGUUCUAUAUAACAGUAAAAACCUGUUUCUCUUUGAUUUACAUCUUAUGAUCAGGUGUGCUCCUAGGAUAAAACUUCAGAUAUCUGAAUUGAAAACAUUGAGAAAAGGGAUUUAGAUGGCAGUUCUCUGACUUGACCAUCGUAAUGCAUCAGCCAUUUGUCUGCACUGGGAGUUCCACACUUCAGGAGCUUGUUUCUUUUGCAUGUACUUCACUCUGAGAUGCCGCUACCCUGCUGCCUUAAGACUUUCCCCUAUGCAAACCAGUCUUUUCAUGUCAGCUUUUAGAGUUUGAUCCUCCAUGCCACCCUUUGAUUAUUUAUAAUCUCAAAUAGUUCUGGUUGGUAUAUAUUUUAUAUACAGCGAAGGGAUCAACAAAGGCUUCAGGCUGAGAAUUGGAUAUGUCCGAGACCUCUGGUUUAUAUAAACAAUUGGUAUAAAUUGUUUUAUAAUAAGUUGUUUUUAUAGAAAUGAUUAGUAUAAAAUAACUACUAAUUAUCAAUUUUAUAAAUGUCUCAAUUAUGUUUUAAAUUUCUGCACUGAGGAAUUUGGUUUUGUUAUCUAAAGCCUUGAUAACAUUCUAGAAACAGUGAUUGUUAACUGGUAACUCAACACACUAAUAUUCUUCCGUCUUUUCUGAAGUGUCGCAAGUUAAUUGUUACUCAUACAAAGUGUAUUUCUUUUGUGAUUAAUUUACUUUAAGAAAAUAAAUUAGAGAAAAUUCGACAUUA